AUGGAAGAAGCUAAUGUUAUUGAUGCUAAAGAUGGAACUAUUUCUGUUGCUUCUGCAUUUGCUGUUCACCAGGAAGCUGUUCAGGAUAGAGACCACAAAUUCUUGACAAAGGCAGUUGAAGAAGCCUACAGAGGAGUGGACUGUGGAAAUGGAGGUCCUUUUGGUGCAGUAGUUGUUCGCAAUGAUGAAGUUGUUGUAAGCUGUCACAAUAUGGUUUUGAAGCAUACUGACCCUACAGCUCAUGCUGAGGUUACAGCAAUAAGAGAGGCAUGUAAAAAGCUAAACAAAAUUGAGCUCUCUGACUGUGAGAUUUAUGCUUCGUGUGAGCCAUGUCCUAUGUGCUUUGGUGCUAUCCAUCUCUCAAGAAUUAAGAGGUUGGUAUAUGGAGCCAAAGCGGAAGCUGCCAUUGCCAUCGGAUUUGAUGAUUUUAUUGCUGAUGCACUGAGAGGUACCGGGUUUUAUCAAAAGGCUAACUUGGAGAUCAAAAGAGCCGAUGGUAAAGGAGCUAUUAUAGCAGAACAGUUCCAUGCGUACUCCGGCCAUGAUACACAGUGCAUCAUCUCCAAAAGGUUUGUUUCCACCGGAACCGGAACAUUACAGGUGACCCAAGCAGCCAAGCUAAAAGUUGCUAUUAUUGGAGCUGGGCUAGCAUGCAUGUCAAUAGCAGUGGAACUUUUGGAUCAAGGCCAUGAGACCAUCUGCAUGGAGGUGCAAAUUAAAGCUGCAAUUUUCAUUGUAGUUCCAGAAUUUGAUAUCUGA